AUGGAUAUUGAGAACUCAACUGCAAAUAAUAUUACUAUGGCACUUCAAGCUUUAGUAGACUUAUCAGAUCCAAUGUUUGAAAGGAAUAAUAACCAAGGGGAAACUCAAGAAGAAGCUGUUUUGACUAAUAAAAAACCAAGUAUGGAAUUUAAAA